AUGGUUCCACCAGCCACACCUCCGCCUCUGCCUCGAUGGGUCAUUGACAUAAACGCAUCAGCACCUCCUCGACCCUCAAAAACAGCCGACAUACCCAAUCCACCAGGCUAUACUCCUGACAAUGCUGCAAGCAAACACAGUGCGAAGCAGCAACGCACUGCCCAACAAGCCCAACAACAGCAAACACCCUCCUCCAGCGCAGCGGCCGCCCGUAAAGUCGCGGAGACCGAUGCCCUGAAAUUGAAAAAGGCAUGGGAAAUAGCCCUAGCGCCCUCGAAGCAACUACCCAUGAACGCGAUCAUGAUGUACAUGUCCGGCAACAGUCUACAGAUCUUUAGUAUCAUGAUGGUCUUCAUGCUAUUUAAGGGACCCAUCCAGGGCCUCCUGAAUACGAAUAGCGCGUUUACGAAGUUUGAGACGGAGAGCACCAAGGGGCAGAUGUGGGGUGUUAAGGCGGUGUAUGUGUUGAUGCAAUGUGUACUGCUGGCGCUAGGGGUGUGGAAAGUUAACGGGAUGGGGUUGUUGCCGACUACAAGAUCGGACUGGUUAGCAUGGGAAACGGAGCGUCAGCCGCUUGAAAGAGCAUAUUUUGCGUUCAGAUGA